GGUUUCAUCUGUCAUCACAACUACCAUGAAUACCACUACGGAAUUUAUCAAUGAUGCACUCAAUAAGAUCAAACAUGCACGAAGUACAAGGGAAACUCUAGGAAGUCCAAAGGCUUUAGACACUGUCGUGAAGCAACUCACAACCGCUGAGAGUGUUUUGGCACUGGUUAGAGAUAACAGUGUACUCCAAACAGACGCCGUUCGAAACGAAGUGAAAACUGUUCUUUCUCUUGCCCGAGAAUCGGAUUUAAUUUUUGACGGGCUUAUCAAAGUGGCAUCCCACCGAUUACCGAGCAUUUUGAAAGCCACCUCUUUCAAUGAGCAGCUAAAAGGGAUCCACACUCGGUUUGAUAAGGCGUUACAACAAGCUUCUUCGCAAAUAUUGGGGGUCGCUGUCGGUCUUUCAGGUAGCCAAGAGGAUGGCUAUCUUGUGCAAUUCAAUACCCUCAGCGAUAUUAACGAAAGAGUGAAGAAAGUGCUCCAAAAGAAUUUGGCGCUGAUGGAUUUCCUGCAAGCACAACAGAAAGUUCAAGAGAGAGACUUCAAUGGAGCUAUAUCUCUUCAGCCGUCUGAUGUAAAAGCAUUCAAGGAGCGCGCCUGGCAGAAACCAAACAAUCAGGUAUUGAAAGAGUUUAGCAGAGCUUCAGUGUAUGAAAACACUGCAACAAGCAGGCUGAACAUUUUUACUGGCAAUAUUGGGGUUGAGCCUGGUUAUGUUUCUUCGUUCAACGGUACUUCAACAGUCCAUCAUAACACAAUGGGUAGUGACUCGAGCAUUAUUACGGGAGAUAUUGGUGGCCAAGCAGCUCUUGAAAUGAUGAAGCAUAUGUGGAGAGGUACCACCAACGAUUAGAUAUUCAACAGUAAAAAUCAGCAGCAACAGACGGACAUGUUUACCUUCCUGUGUGGUCAGCGACUAGGAACACUUCAUCUAUACUAUUACUGGAUAUUAGUCACUUCACCACAGCUAGUAGCUACUUCAUAACGACUUUGAGCGUCGGCCUUCUAGUAUUACUCUUUAUAGACUUUCUACAUCCGUACUACCUAUUUUCCAAAUGAACGAACACACGGCCCUGAGUCGUGGAAAUUCCAAAACC